GCAGCAGUCAGCAGCAGCAGGAGGCUGGAUAAUUUAAGGUUUAGCUUUAAUUUAUUCAAUGCCCGUGUAGCGCCACUGCAGGAGUCCGAGGAAAGAAGCGGGAGGUCGCGUUAAACAGGUCUUGACAGACCGAAACUGGUUUGGACAACAUGGAGAAACGGUUGCAUUUAAACCUGUUAGCUUCCAGGCCUCCGGUGGCAGGAAGCGAUCAAUCCGGCUCCAAAAUGAGAAUGGGACCCGGAAGGAAGAGGGAUUUCUCCCCCCUGCCCUGGAGUCACUACUUUGAAACCAUGGAAGACGUUGAGGUGGAAAGUGACAAUGGCAAAGAUAUUUUUAGAGUUUACUGCAGUGGUUCCCAUGGUCCUGUGCUUCUCCUGCUCCACGGAGGUGGUCACUCUGCUCUCUCCUGGGCUGUGUUCACUGCUGUCAUAUACAGCAGGAUCAACUGCAGGGUGGUGGCUAUGGACCUACGAGCUCACGGUGACACCAAAGUAAAAAAUCCUGAAGACCUCUCUGCAGACACAAUGGCCAAGGACAUUGGUAAAGUGGUGGAGGCACUCUAUGGGGAAAACCCGCCGCCAAUCAUGAUCAUUGGACACAGCAUGGGUGGGGCCAUUGCUGUUCACACAGCCGUUGCCAAUCAUAUACCAUCUUUAUUGGGCCUCUGUGUCAUUGAUGUUGUAGAGGGUACUGCAAUGGAUGCUUUGAACAGUAUGCAGAAUUUCCUAAGGAGUCGCCCAAAGACCUUUAAAUCUCUGGAGAAUGCCAUCGAAUGGAGUGUGAAAAGUGGCCAGCUCCGAAAUCUAGAGUCAGCACGAGUUUCAAUGAGAGGCCAAGUGAAAAAAUGUGAAGAGCCUACCAGCAGUUCAGGUGACUGUCGCAGCAUUGGUGAAGGAAUAAUCGAGGAGGAUGAGGAACUGGAGGAUGAAUCCAACAAGAAGAAAAUUAAGGAAGACGACCAAGAGUUAAAGAAGGAAACUGUCUUCACCUGGCGAGUUGAACUGUCAAAGACAGAAAAAUACUGGGAAGGCUGGUUCAGAGGACUGUCGGCCCUGUUUCUCACCUGCCCUGUGCCCAAACUGCUCCUGCUCGCAGGAGUGGACAGACUUGACAAAGACCUUACAAUUGGACAGAUGCAAGGGAAGUUUCAGAUGCAGGUUCUCUCUCAGUGUGGUCAUGCUGUCCAUGAAGACGCACCCGAAAAAGUAGCAGAUGCUGUAGCAGCGUUUAUGGUCAGACACAAAUUCACAGAAUAUAAGGAAGGAUACUUCUGAUUUCCAGGUUUCAGCCAGCAGCCAUAGAUGUGUAUGAAGAUUCACAGACACAAUGUUAUGAUGGAGUUAUUAUUAUCAUCCUUAUCAUGCUUUUAUUGUGUAGGUCUUUGACUUUCAGUUUUGCCUUAUUUUUUCAUGACACUGGACUUUAAUUGUACUUAUCCUAUAUAUAUAUUUUUUAAUCUCUCAAAUGUAAUAUUUUUCUCAUGCGAUGUUGUUUUUGUGUGAUUGCUUAAGUUUCACUAUGUGUUUGUAAUGGUCAAAUUAAUUAAAGAUGGAUGCAGCAA